AUGUCUGAUCAAAUGCCCUUCCCUUUCAACAAUUUCACGUACUUUUUCACUCUCUUUUCAAAGUUCUUUUCAUCUUUCCAUCACUGUACUUGUUCGCUAUCGGUCUCUCGCCAAUAUUUAGCUUUAGAUGGAAUUUACCACCCACUUAGAGCUGCAUUCCCAAACAACUCGACUCGUCGAAAGCACUUUACAAAUAACUGGGAUCCUCGCCACACGGGAUUCUCACCCUCUAUGACGUCCUGUUCCAAGGAACAUAGACAAGGACCAGCUACAAAGUUGCCUUCUUCAAAUUACAACUCGGACGUCGAAGACGCCAGAUUUCAAAUUUGA